AUGUCAAUUGUUGUUAAGUUACUGCUCAAAGUCGCGGAUGUAAUGUCGUUGAGCCCACGUCCACAAAUUAGCGAGAUGGAGAGGCGGCGAGCUGCGGCAGAAGUUACAGGAACCAACAAUAGCCUCUGGGGGCCCAUGUACAUAAGUGGUUGGUUAUAUAGGGUUCCAUAUUUCAGAAUGCGUGCUCAAGAUCUGCCAUCGUUCAAGGACAUGCCAGCCGUCGAAGGCAUGCCCCAUGGUACCGCGUGGGGUCUCUGGGACAAGGACGGGAAGAGAGAUAACUGCGGCUCUCUCAAUCUCUUGACUCCCGAGAAUGCCAGAGAAGCCCAGAAGGAGAUAAAGUCAGGUACAAGCGUUGCGCUCAACUGGACCGUCGAAUGCGUCCACGAACCGGGCUUCGCCCGCCAGAAAGCAGAGCACAAUUUCAAAAACCUCAAACCCCUCGGCUUCGUCGCCUGGGACGACAUCAUCCACAUCAAUACCCAGUCGGGCUCGCAAUGGGACGGCUUCCGCCACUGGGGCCACCAAGACACAGGCCUCUACUACAAUGGCCUGAAACACGAGGACAUCCCCGAUCCGGCUCAUAUCUCCGACAACAGCCAGCACCACUGGAGCGAUCGUGGCGGUAUCGUUGGUCGUGGCGUCCUCAUCGACUACGCCUCCUGGGCCGAGAAAAACAACAUCGCGUACUCCGCGACGAGCAGUCACGAGAUAACCGUACAGGAUCUGGAGACGAUUGCGAAGGAUCAAGGCGUCGAGUUCAGGCCUGCUGAUAUCCUGAUCAUCAGAUCCGGGUGGGUGAAGUGGUAUAACGGCGCUAGCGAGGAGGCGCGAGUCAAGGGCGCAAGAGACGGCCUCGAACAUAUCGGCUUAGCGGGUAAUGCGGAGACUGUAGAGUGGCUUUGGGAUCACCACUUUGCUGCCGUCGCCGGGGACUCGAUCACGUUCGAGGUGUGGCCGCCGAAGCCGGCUUACAGGCUUCACGACCACCUCCUCGCCAUGUGGGGAACGCCAAUCGGCGAGCUGUGGGACUUGGAGGGCCUGGCCGAGGCCUGCAAGAGGGAGAAGAAAUACAGCUUCUUCCUGACGAGCGCGCCACUGAACGUCCAAGGUGGUGUUGCAAGUCCACCCAACGCGCUGGCCAUUCUCUGA